AAUAUCAUGUAUAGUAGGAGUGUAGGACGUAGUAGUACUAAAUUCUAAAUUCCCCGUCGUCCCCUUCCCGGCACCCCAUCUGGUUGAAGUCAUCGCCACCUGGGACCUAGGAGAGUACUUACAAACUCUGUCCUAUCACCCACCACCCGUGACUCGUUACGACUGAGUCUUGAGCGUCUCUUACCGGAGUGAGUGAAGUCUGGACCUCCCAAAAUUUUACUACAGAAUAGAGAAUACUAGUGCUACUGCUUACUAUUCAACAUAUCAACUGGGCUGAUUGGCUAUGGCUGUGUGCGCUGCGGAGUCGGGCAGGGCUAGUUCUUGCAGGGAUGGAAAAGCAGCAGCUUACCUCAAACUCAUCUCUAUUCUGGUGAUUUUCUUGACUAGCGCCAUAGGCAUCAGUCUACCGGUAUUCCUGGCUCGGUUGUUCCAAGGAAAGCCCGCUUAUGAUAAGGCGGUGCUAAUUAUCAAGUGUUUUGCGGCGGGUGUCAUUUUGUCCACCUCCCUCGUCCAUGUUCUGCCCGACGCCUUCGAUGCGCUCGCUGAUUGCCAGGUGGCCUCCCGCCAUCCUUGGAAAGAUUUCCCCUUUGCGGGGCUCAUAACGUUGAUCGGGGCCUUGACGGCGCUGUUCGUUGACUUGACGGCGAGUUCACACGUGGAGGUUCAUCAGGGCCACGGACACGGAGGCGAGCUGGAGCUGAAGCUGAGCAAGAGUGCUGAUUAUACGCCGAUUGGGAUGAGCGGGGAGGAAUUGGAAAGGAAGAAGUCGUCAGUUGAGGAGGUGGGGGGUGAGGAUGGUGGUCGGGAUGUGGAGGCGCAAGCGGAGGAGCUGGUGAAAUUGAAGCAGAGAUUGGUGUCGCAAGUGCUGGAGAUAGGGAUAAUCUUUCACUCGGUCAUAAUAGGGGUGACCAUGGGGAUGUCUCAGAACAAGUGCACUAUUAGGCCGCUGAUUGCUGCGCUCUCGUUUCACCAGAUUUUUGAAGGGAUGGGGCUCGGAGGUUGUAUAGCUCAGGCGGGAUUCAGCAUUGGAACAACUGCUUACAUGUGCUUCAUGUUUGCAGUGACUACACCCAUUGGAAUAGUUUUGGGCAUGAUUAUGUUCUCAGUGACCGGUUACGACGACACUAGUCCAAAUGCAUUGAUUUUGGAGGGCUUGUUGGGGUCCCUGUCUUCUGGUAUUCUCAUAUAUAUGGGUCUUGUAGACCUCGUAGCUCUGGAUUUCUUUCAUAACAAAUUGAUGAAUUCACAGCUAUUUUUGAAAAGGGCAUCUUUUAUUGCCCUUCUUCUUGGCUCCACCUCAAUGUCAAUCCUUGCACUUUGGGCUUGAAAGCUUGUGUAAAAGUAGCAAUAUGAGUCGCGCAUACUUUCUGAUGAUUGUGAUUGGUAAAUUAGGUCGUCCCUUAACUUUAGCUUCUUGUCCAAUUCUGAUAAACGUAGUGUAGGUUGAUUUAAGUCGCGAUGUCCUCCUUGCUCAUGCAUUGAUUCAACUAUCGACUCAAUAAAGAAUCAAUUUUCAUC